AUCAUGGCUUCUGAUGAUGGGUUUGGUCCUCGAAAGAGGCGUAGGCUUGGUCCUCCUGGGACAAAUCCCUAUGUCCUUAGAUCUCUCUUUGAGAAUGUUCCGGUGGAGACCGAGGACAACCGCGACGUUUACAUCACCUGUGUUGAAUACUGGGAUGAGAACCUAUACAUUGGAACUUCUGCUGCAGAAAUUUUACAUUUUGUCUGUCUUCCACCUGCCUCCGACGAUGAUUCAAACGAGCCCACGUUUAUACUGGCAUCGCGGCUGCCUAUCCCAUUCCAAGCUACGCCCUUGAACAGCGAUCAGUAUGGUGUUCAACAAAUAGUCAUCCUCGCAUCAGUGAAUAAAGCCUGUGUGCUGUGCAAUGGUACCGUUACAUUUUAUAUGUUACCGGAGCUAAGUCCAGCAUUUGGCAAUACCAAAGUCAACCACUGUCGAUGGAUCGGUGGGGUGGAUCUGGAUAGGAACGCCGAAUCCGAGGGAAAUCCGGUCGUCAUGAUUGCGGCACAGAAUAAUAUUAUGCUGGUGCAGAUUGGGGAGGAGGCUCGUCGCAUAAAGAAGAUCGGGUUUCCCGGGUGCCUGGUCGCAGCUCGUAGAGGUACCAUUGCAUGCGCCGCUGAUUCGCAUUCAUAUUCGUUGCUUGAGGUUGAGCAUCAGCAAAAGAUCCCUCUAUUUUCCAUCUCGUCUUCAAAUGAAGUCUUCGAAUCCGGACAGGUGGAGGAUAUUGUCCCAGGUCCUCAGACUCCCCCUGAAGCGAUCUCCCUCAUCAUCACGCCUCAACAAACCCAAGCACCAUCACCAACUGGAACUCCAGAUCCCUUCACUGCGACCGGGACCCCCCGACGAUCGAGCUCAGAAGAAAGAGAAGAUGAACCCUCUCAGAAGAAGAAUGAAGAUAGUCCAGUAUCCGACUCUUCGCCCGCAACUUUUGAGAGUGCAAAGCCAUUGCCACCGUUACCGCCGAAACAAGUCUCAAAGCAGUUGCAACCUCACGUGGUGUCCCCGACACCCUCUGAAUUUCUUCUUGUAACUGGAAACAAAGAAACAGAGCCCGGCGUAGGUAUGUUUGUAGAUCUCGAUGGAGAAGUUGUGCGGGGUACAAUCAAUUUUCAUCGAUAUCCAAAGUCUGUUGUCAUUGAUGCUGGCGAAGACGACCAAUCUCUCCAGCCAGACAACGAUUCUAAGGACGAGUUUGUGCUUGCUGUAAUUGAAGAAGGCGAGGGAGGAAGUCGACUGGAAAUUCAACGUUGGCUCGACGACCCAGCAGAGAUCGAGCGCCAAAAGAGAUGGCUAGAUGUGCCCUCGUCAGAAAAGACCAAUCCGGUUGGCUUGAGGCAUACUAUUAGUCCCAGUCACAUUAACCUCGAGGAUAUCGGGAAGCUUUUACGAAUGACUCCCCUGAAAACCCCAUUGCUCACACCACGUGCUCCAAGUGCAGACCCUCGAACGGAGGCAUCCAUCGAGCAUCUUCAGAGAGAGAAAGAAUUGUUCGAAUCACAGGAAUUAACAGCCAAUGUUGCUUCCAAGAAAAAUGAACCAGGAUCAGACUCAGAGGCGCAACGAAUGGCCGAAGAAGCAAAAUUUGCAGGUGGCUUAGGAAAACUACAAAGCAGUCUCAUACUCUGGUCAGGCUCACAGAUAUGGCGCUUAGUAAAGAAUCCAUUGGUGAUUCAGCUUGAGGAUUCACUGCAGCAAGCCCUCCAAACCAAUGACAGUGGUCAUAUUACUCUGCAAAGGGAUUCUGUCAUGACGUUGAUAACGGCAAUCCAGGACAUUGAACCUCAAAAUGAGUCCGAAUUUAUUGGACUUGGCUAUCUGAAGCAAAAGGCAAGCCUUUUGUUAUUUGGUGAUCUUCUCUCCAUUCAUCCGGACCUUCGAAGCAACUCAGUGAUCAGGGGCACUGAACAAGCACUGGAGGCUGGUAAUUUAGAUCCUCGUUUAGCCCUCCUUUUCAUCCCACUUCUCCAAUGUGAGGUUCUUAAAGGGCCUCAAGGCAUCUGGAUUCAUUCCGGCCUCGCAACUAUGACAGACAAGUAUAUCAAACAAGUGGAAAAGAUAAACAACGAGCUUUCCAGGCCGGCUGCCACUCAAGGCCCUGUUUUGAAUAUGCUGAAGCGAUUCCUAUUUUCUUGGCAACAGAAGAGAGGUUAUGGCAGUAUUACAGAUGAGACAUAUGUCCUGGAUAGCACUGAUGCCGCUCUUCUCCACUUGGUCUUGGAACAGGAUGCCCACCUAGGUCAGGAGCAACGAACAGACUCACAGACUCGUGCUGAGUUGCAUCGGCUGGUUGAUCAUUGGAAAGGAAAAUUUGAUCGAGCCGUGGCACUUUUGGAACAGUACAAAAGACUUUACCUUCUGAGUCGCCUUUACCAAGGCCAGAAGAUGAUUCGUAAUGUUCUUCGGACAUGGCGAAGAAUCGUCGACGGAGAGCCGGAUGCUGGUGGAGAACUCACCGCACCAGGCGUUGAGGUACAGAUGCGUAGGUAUCUGGUUAAUAUCAAGAAUGUACAGCUGGUGGAAGAAUAUGGCUCCUGGCUUGCCGGACGAAACCCUAGCCUGGGAGUCCAGAUAUUCGCGGAUAACUCUAGCCGCGUGCGACUCGAGCCCGCAGAUGUGGUCAUCUUGCUCAAGGAGCGCGCGCCUAAUGCUGUCCAAGUUUAUCUGGAGCAUUUGGUCUUUGUUAAGAAUUACACCCAAUAUGCCGAUGAUCUCAUCUCAUACUACUUGGAUGAGGUCAUAUCUGUACUUGAGUCCUCACCCGCGGCGCGGACUUCGCUCUCAGAGUCAUACUCCACAUAUCGAGCUUUGGCUCCACCAAAGCCGACAUACUUGAACUUCAUCACUGAAAACACACCAGAUGAGCCAUGGUGGCAUUCUCGACUUCGUUUACUGCAGCUGCUGGGCGGCACCUCUGGCACACAAUUCUCCUCAACGCCUCUACCUUCUGGCAUCACUUACUCUAUCCCUAACGUGCUGGCACGUAUUGAGCCCUUCCAAGACGAUCUAGUUUCGGAGAGCAUUAUCUUGGACGGUCUUCAAGGCCACCACCGCGCGGCGCUACGUCUCCUCACUCACGGUCUGGGUGACUACGACUCCGCUAUCCGGUACUGCCUUUUUGGUGGUCCGCGAAGUUCGACCGCUUCUAAUAGUACACAGCCGGAGCUUGCAGAUCGCGACUUGCAAUCCGAGCUUUUCCGUGACCUUCUCGAUGAAUUUUUACAGAUCCAAGAUCUUUCCGAUCGUAUCGAGAGAACUAGUGAUCUUCUCGCCCGCUUUGCUGCGUGGUUUGAUGUGCGUGAAGUUUUGGACUUAGUUCCCGAGGAUUGGAGUGUCGAUAUCCUGGGCGGUUUCCUAGUGCAUGUAUUCCGGACACUUGUCUCCCAGACCCGGGAGUCUCGCAUUGAACGGGCUCUUAGUGCUGGUCUCAACCUGCGCAUUGGGGUUGAAUACAACGAUAGCAUGGAAAAAUCGGGGCCUUGGGUAGAGGACGGGGAAGGUGUUCGGCGUCUGAAGGGUGGUGCUGCUACACUGCCAGUAGCCCUGGCUGAUGGUGCUCAUGUUGAAGAUGAUGAAGAGUUUGGGGAGGUGGUGUCGCCUGGAGCUGGAGACGAAUAG